AUGGUUCACCACGCCGACUACACCAACUUUUCAAACCCAAUAACAACAACAACCAAAACCAAGCGAGAAACUCUUCAACAACUACUUGAUGCUUACACCGCCCUUGAAACUCCAUACUUGAUCUCUAAUUUGUCCAAUUGUGCAUCUCUUUUAUGGCACGCCUAUCAUUCAUUAGGUGUUAGUGUCAAUUGGACUGGGUUCUACACCAGUCAAAAGUACCAAAUCAAACUGGGCCACAAACACCAAGAAGACAAGACCAACAAUGUAACAAACUCUUCCUCGCUAGAGUUACUACUUCUAGGCCCGUUCAAUGGCAAAGUUGCUUGCCAAUCAAUACAAUGGGGUAAAGGGGUAUGUGGUACUGCGGCGUCAACCGCACAAACUCAGGUUGUACCUGAUAUUAACAAAUUUCCCGGUCAUAUUGCUUGUGAUGGGGAAACCAAAUCGGAAAUUGUUGUACCCAUUAUCAAAAAUAUAGAAUCCGUGGAUGGUAAUGUGGUGGUGGGUGUUAUUGAUUUGGAUUGUUUGGAUUUUGAUGGAUUUGAUGAGGUUGACAAGGAGUAUUUAGAACAAUUGGGCCGUUUGUUAAGCAAGAGCUUUUGA